UUUUAGUGCAAGCGGGGCUCAGUGUGUUUCGCGUGCGACGCUCGCGCACAUCGGGGAACUCAUAUACGAGCAUAUAUAAGGAGAUCUUACGAAACCGUUAGCACAUUCGGACUACAGACUGUCCAGGAAGUCACCUGUUAUUUUUGUCACACCAAACGAAAACAUGCUGCUCAUCCUGACUAUCGGCAUUUCAAUGAUGCUUUCCACAUCGGGAAGUCCAGCGAUCGAAAACCAUUCAACGGCUCAAGUUCUACGAUACGAUUUGGAGACAGCAAAUAUGCCUAACUCUUAUAAAUUUUCUUAUGACAGUAGUGAUGGGACAUCGAGGACCGAAGAAGGAGCAAUACUGAAUCCUGGUACGCCAGAUGCCGCUCUCAAUGUACUCGGUACCGUCCGCUGGUACGACGAUAAAGGACAACUUUAUGAAAUGAGCUAUAAAGGAGGUAAACGGGGAUACCAAACAAUUAUAAAGAAAAUUUCUUAGUAACCUGCGCAAGAGAAUUAGGAAUCAAGAUUAAAUCAGAGACUGCGAAGUAGUAUUUAUUUUA